AUGACGCGAACUGGAGGAGCAGAGAUGCGGAAUCCUCCAGGAGGUCCUCAAGCGCUCCAAAGAGGAGUCGGGAGGAGAUCGCUCGCAGACAAACACCUCGCCAGGAGGUGGGUUAACGUCCACCGACCCAUGAGGAAACAGGCGAACGGCAGACCUGGCCGCCGCCACACCCGCUCAGCCAAUCAACAUCCAGGGCAAGGUUGUGAGAGCUUUAAGCUGGAUAGGAAGCGCGGAAGAGCAGCAGGAAUCUCCAAACCUUUCCAAGAGCUGACGGUGGCGCAGCAGGAGCAGCUGCAGCAGAGAGCUGAGUAUCUGAGGCAGCAGAGAGACAAACUGCAGGCGCUGAGGAAAGAGCAGAAAGGCAAAUCCGUCAACGUAGAGGAAACCCCAUCCCCGACGCCCACCCCCACCCCCACAACCGCUCCUCACACACAGGAAAUCUCAGUUGAGGAGAAAAAGAAGCUGCAGAAGAGAAAACACCUGGCAGAGAAACUGAAAGAAGAAGUCAUCAAAAAAUAACAUGGAUUACAAUUAAUCUCUCUCUCUCUCUCUCUCUCUCUCUCUCUCUCUCUCUCUCUCUCUAUCUCCCUCUCUCUCUCUCACUGACUAACUCACUCACUCUCUCUCCCUCUCACUCACUCACUCACUCCCUCU